UUUUUUUUUUUUCGUCAAUAAGUGCAUUACCAAUAAUUUUAUGUUACCAUUUAUUUUUUGAGAAAUUCGCUUCAUCGUCUAUUGUUUCGGGAAAACCUCAAAAUCACACGUCAUUCCCUAUUGCAAAAAUAUUAAGGUUACGUACUAUGUGAAAUGAUGCAUACAAAUUAAAAGCAUUUCUAUUAAUAAAACAUGACCGAACACGAAUUAUAUGAUCGUAAUGGAAUUUAUUCUAAAAUGCUAUACAAAAAUUUCGAUGUUCCACAAUUCUUAUCUAAGAUAUCAAAAGCCAAGAUACAGAAACUGGCAUCUGAUAGCAUUCCCUGUAUAAUAGUGCACGGCGGUGCUGGAGAAAUUGUUGACUCAGAAGUUGUUGAGAAGGUAUUCGCUUGUCAGAAAUCCGCGUCUAUUGGAUAUAAAAUAUUACUAAAUGGAGGAAAUUCCAUAGAAGCGAUCGAAGCAGCCCUUUGGUGGCUCGAGAACGAUGAAUAUUUCAAUUGCGGCUACGGCUCCGCAUUAAAUGAACUAGGAGAUGUACAAAUGGACGCAUGUUUAAUGGAUGGUACAAGGUCCAUAUGUGGAUCUGUGGCAGCUGUAUCUGACAUAGAACAUCCUAUAUCAUUAGCUAAAUUUGUGAUGGAGAAUUAUCCAAAUACAAUAGUUGUAGGGGAUGGGGCUAAAACAUUAGCAAACUGUGCAGGAAUGAAUUGGCUCUCCAAAGGCACCAUGGUGGCACCGACAGUGCAUAGAAAUAAAGACAAGCCGCAAUAUACUUCUGAAAAUUCAUUUGCUGAUCUAACCAAAAAAAAAUAUGGUACUGUCGGUUGUAUAGCUUGGGAUGGUUUUACUAUGGCAGUAGGAACCAGCACAGGUGGUUUGCACAAUAAAAACGUCGGUAGAGUGGGAGACUCUCCACUUUUAGGCUGUGGUACAUUCGCUAACAGUGAAGCAGGCUGUUCUUUGACGGGUCAAGGAGAAUCAAUAAUAAAACUAGGAAUGUCUAGGUGGUGGAAUAGUACUACAAAAAUGUGGCUGUUGGAAAUCCUACUGCACUACUUCUAGAAUGCCUUAUGCUAUAGUCAAGAAUGAUUUGAUUAUGUUUGGAGCAGAUGCCAAUGAGAAAAGAAUACAAAGAUAUGAACAUGAUACGGAGUUAGCAUGUGGAUGCGAAUAAUCGAUUGCCCAAAUUUUGAA